AUGGGGACCAUGUCACGUGGAGAGAAAGCAGUGAUUUACGUUAAAAGUCAAUAUUAUACAGAAUCACCUCUAAUGCCUGUGGUAGAAGGUGUUGACGAAGUCCAUUUCGAGGUUGAACUUGUCCAUUUUGUUCAGGUAGACGCUGUAUAUCUUGAUUAUUCCAAAGGUGGAGUAGAUCAAGAAAUGGAUGAUGAAGACGAUGAAGAACUAGACCUUGAAAUGAAUUUUACCAAUUUUUCAGUAGUGAAAGGAGGUUGUGAUGAUGAUGUUCGUGUGAUUGGGAUUCACGGUAUGGGUGGAAUGGGUAAAACAACUCUUGCAAGGGCCGUGUUCGACCAAGUUUUUCAUCAUUUUGAAGAAAGUCGUUAUCUUGAUGAUGUGAGAUCAGAGGCUUGUAGAGGACAUAAUGGAUUAGUUCAACUACAAGAGCAACUUCUUAGGAAAAUUCUUAGGAAAAAGAUCAACGUAUACAAUGUUGAUGAGGGCAUCACUUUGAUCAAAGAAAGACUUUGCCAGAAAAAGGUUUUCAUUGUUCUUGAUGAUUUGGAUGAUCAAUGCCAGUUAAAUGCAUUACUUGGACGACGUGAUUGGCUCCGCUCGGGUAGUAGAGUUGUUAUAACAACUAGAGACAAGCAUUUGCUAAAAGAGCUACAAACAGAUGAGCAAUAUGAAGCCAUGAGAUUAGACCACAAGAGCUCUUUACAACUCUUUACUUCACAUGCCUUCAGAGGUGCACUACCACCUGAAUACUACAGUGAGCUUGUAGAAAGCAUUGUAACUUACUGUAAUGGAGUUCCACUUGCUCUUGAAAUUUUGGGCGUUUAUUUACACGGUAGAAAUAUCGAAGUGUGGUUAAGUACCUCGGAGAAACUAAAGACUCCUCCUCCUAACGAUAUUCUUACAAAACUUAAAACAAGUUUUGAUGGAUUUCCUGAUGAGUUUACUAAGGCUGUUUUCCUUGAUAUUGCCUGUUUUCAUCCCAAAAUCAAGAAGAAUGAGGCAAUAAGUAUAUCCAAAGCUUGUGGUUUCUACCCCGAAGUUGAAAUUUGUGAAUUAUUUGACAGAUCACUGUUAAAAAUUGAUGAAAAUGAGCAACUGAGCAUGCAUAAUUUGAUUCGUGAUAUGGGGCGAAAAAUUGUUCGUAUGGCAUCACCUGAUAAUCCAGGGGCACGUAGCAGAUUAUGGUGUCCUAAUGACAUUUCUGAUGUGCUCAUAAGACACAAGAAGCCAUUAUCUUGCCCAAUGAAAUACAUACCAUCUGAUUUUUAUCUGGAGAAUAUUGUUCUUCUCGACAUGGCUUAUAGUAAUUUCGAAGAAUUCCGAGCACCUUUGAAGUAUUUCAAGUGUUUAAAGAAAUUGAUAUUCAGGUAUUGUGAGAACCUCAAGAUGUCUCCCAAGUUUGCUGGUUUACAUCUUCUUGAGGAAUUAUCCUUUAGUGGUUGUCUAAAUUUGAUGGGGUUGGACUCAACAAUUGGAGAUUUGGAGAGACUUUGUAGUCUUAAUUAG